AUGAAUACUGCUAUCCUCUACUCAUCUUACUUCUGCAUUGCUAUUCAACUCCCAUCCGCUCUUGGAGAUGUCUACCACUGGUCCAGCAGUGAGGUUGGCGCUGGUUAUGUUGUUGUCGGAGUAGCCAUGGUGAUUGGAUCUAUUUGCGGAGGCCGGUUUUCUGACUGGAGACGCAAGCAAUCAGUUCAAAUGCACGGAGAGACCAAUAUUCACCCCGAAGCACGCUUGAAUGACCAAAUCUGGGGACUUUUCCUAGCUUCUGCGGGAUUGAUCAUGUUUGGGUUCUUUGUGGAGCAUGCACUUCACCCGGCCGCUACUUUGAUUUCUACCUUCGUCGUCGGAAUUGGGAUGUCGUGGAUGUUUGUUGCGUCGAACGCGUUCUUGACAUUGUGUCUUGCGCAGCAAGCUGCAGGGGCUUUUGCUUUGGGCAACAUGUUACGCAGCCCUGCUGCUGCUGUAGCUGCAGCAAUAAUCACACCCUUUGUGCAAAAGAUGGGCUGGGGAUACUGCUUCCUUGGCUUGGGACUUUUGAACUUGGUUGGGAUAGGUUCGAUGUUGAUUGUUCUACGGAUGCAAUCCACCCGAUGGGCAAAAGCAAGACUAGCUAAGGGGGCGCAAACUGGGCAUCAGAAUACUUCUCCGAAAUCAAACUGA